AUGGACUUGACAACCAGAGAUGUCUAUUUUCAGGCCCCGAGAAGAAGUUCGUUUUCCAUAAAGAACAUUCUUAACCUCCAAGAUGAAAGAGCCUUACCUGCGUUCCCGAGAGUAUCAAGAGAAGAAAUAGAAGAUUCUAAAGUUUCCCUUUUGAGACCCAUGGUGACUCCAAUCACUCAUGCCCUGAAUCCACCACCAUUAAUGAGGUAUCCUCAUGCUGGUCUGGUCUCUCCACUGGGUGGCAUCAGUUUGAAUUGGCCAGUAGAUCCCGCUGCACAAGCCAACUAUCCUACGUGGAUUUGCAACACAAGUUUUCUGCAAAGUUAUGAAUAUUUCAAUGGUAAGUAAAGUGUUACUGCUUCGCAUUAACUUGAAUAAUUUUCUCACAAACACGAACUGAAUUACAGGCUGUAAUGAGUUUCCCUUCCCUGGAAAUUUGUUGUUAUAAACAGAAGCAAGCAAACAAGAAAUGAGCCGUGUAAAUUUUUGGUUUGAUUUUGCGACAGUUCUUUCCGCAGCUUGCAUUCUCUACUAAUGGUUGAUAAGUGCAAGGUUAACUUACCAGUUGAGGGAUAGGAUACCGACACUUCAGUCUUUUACUUCGAUGAAAGCAAUGUUAAGCAACAAUCGUUUUUAGAUGAAAACACCUUGGCCAAAGAUUCUUGAUUCUUCAAGUGAAUCGACAAAAAUGAAACAAUAGCUACUUGAUCAGGAAUUAUUCUCCAAAGAGUAUCAACAACUGUCACUCUUUUAGGAUAGAAAGACAAAUCCUUUGAUUUUUUUUCUUUCAUACCGCUUACAAAAGCAAAUUUAUCUUGUCCAUGUAUUGUGAUUUGAGCGCAAAAUUUACCCGUGCGAAGCUGGUUUCCUCUUACGAUUGACCUCCGAGUGAGUGGCCAUCAGAGCGGUUUGCUCACAGUUUGGCAAGUUCUCACGUUUGAAUAAUUGCAUGUCAAAAUUCCAAGGUGUUGAAACCGUCGAUACUCGAACCCAAUCGUGUUGUGGUUGUAUUUGAACUUAGGCAUAGAGCACACCUUUGUACAGAAGAUCUACGGCACAUUAUGCUAUAGCGUGGCUGCAAAUUAUGAUGAGAGUGUACACUCGCAAUAUUCUGAGUUGACUAAAUCCGGUGCCAAGCACACAGAAGUAUUUGACAACCUUUCCUUCUAAGUUUCGUAAUACAUCCUGACAAAUAAGUACGUUCCAUUCACCGAACUCUUGUAGCAUCAGCAUUAGCGCUGAACAUUGAAACAGAACUAACUUGUUUACAACAGGCACCUUCUCUACGAGUUUAUGUUCAAACAACUAAAUAUAUCUAGACCAUAGCCAAGGCCCUGUCAAAAUACUAAGAUUAGUCUUUGUGGUGAAUGCAAUAGGCUUUAAGAAAGUACUGACGAACAGAUUUCUUUAAAAUGGGAAAACCUUUGUUUAAUAAAUGUUUCCAAUUUCGGAGCCGAGUUAAGAAACUUGAUAAUUUUAUCGCAAAUAGAGAACGGAAAAGAAAAGAGAUUAACACACGAAGACUGCCAAGGAUGUAACCUCCAAUGCAAAAUGUAAACAUAUUUUUAAGAAGUGUCUGAACUAUAGUAACAGACUAAAUUAAAUUUUGGGAUUUAAUUCGGUUUUUAUUGAGCUCUCAAAUAGUCUAUGAUGUUUCUCCCAACUGAAAAAUUAGUGAAGUUGAAAGUCUCGUUACAUUUGGUCUAAUUAAGUAUAGAUAGUUUUGGGAAUUACAACAUUCAGCCCUCUCUUAAAAGUUCCUUCUUUUGAGUUCUUUCAUUUUUCCCCUUGCUACUCACAUUAAUCAGUUUAAAAAAUAUAUAAAUGGAACUUUGCACUAUUUCUUUGGCAGGUUUUCCCCAAUAUUUAAAUCUUCCAAGACGCAGAAGGUUCUCUAGAAAGAAGAAGCAGCGUCCACUAUUUUCCCAAAACCAAGUACAAACGAUGGAAAAGGAGUUUGCAAAGCAUCGUUACAUCACAGAAACCAAGCGUGCAGAGCUCUCUACAGAGCUGGGUCUUACAGAAACACAAGUGAAAACGUGGUUCCAAAAUAGAAGAACAAAAUGGAGAAAGGAAAUAAAGGAUCAAGUGGUCACAACAGUAUCUCAAACGAACAAGAACUGUCAGCAAAAUUUGUCGGGAACGAGUUCCUAUAAUGACGAAUUGUCAGCGCCUGCGGCAAGUUCUCGUGCUUUCACAGACUUGUUUCAAAGGGAUAUGUUCAUAGUGUAA